ACAAAAAUUUUAAAAUUAAUUCUAUAUAUUUUUAAUUUUCUUUGCGCACUGUUUGGUGUCAUAUUGAUUUGGUUUGGCGUAUGGCUCUGUAAUACCGUAAAUGGAGAGAAUGAGAGAACUAUUGAUCUUGGCGAAAAUCUACUUGGAGCUUUAAUCAUUUUGUUAGGAGUUGUAGUUUUCCUAAUUUCUAUUUUUGGUUUUGUUGGCAUUUACAUGAAAUCCAGAAAAAUGCUAAUAUGUUUUGCUGUUAUAAUGGUUUUGUUGCUGAUAAUACAACUUGUGCUCCUAAGUUUGAGUUACACAGCAGCGAGUGAAGGAAUGCCAUCAGAACUGAAGCAGGGCUUUGAUGAGUUAUGGGAUAAACAUGAUUUUGAUAACAGCACUUUAUCAAGCUAUGAACAAUGGCUGCAAUGUUGUGGAAAAAAUAGUGCGGAAGAUUACAUUUUAUUAGAUAAAUUUCCUCCGUCAAGCUGCUGUAAGGACCGGGACUGCACUAAUAUAAUGAAUUUAUAUGUGGUUGGGUGUGAAAGGAAAUUUAGGGAUUACGUUAAAGAAAAAACACGAAACUUCAAUAUAAUCAGUUGGUUACUCAUACUGAUAGAGUUUAUCGCUUCUGUAUGUACUUGUGUGCUGGCGGAUAGUAUUCGAAAUCAUAUAGAUCGAAUAAGAUUUUAUAACUAAACUUUAUAGCUGCGAAGAUUUACAAAAAGUAUUUUAAAUUUGAUAAUUGUGUUAAUAAUUAUGUACACAUAAUUGCAUAUAAUAAU